GAUUUCGUGAGUCAAUUAGAUACGUGUGCAACACCUGGGUAUCGUUAUUUGAAAACUUUUAGCCAACCAGUGGCUUUAUCAACUCAAUACAGAGUAGUAGACGAGAUAAACAUUGCUUCAGCCUCUGCAAAUUUGUACACAGAAGGCAGUGGAUGAUCAGGCAAUCAUGUCGUAAAGGGUUCUUAAGUGGAGUGAUGGUGAAUGAUAACUCACCGAGACGGUUAUACUAGUAUAUUUAGUAUAUAUGUGGUAAAAAGCCCAGCCUGCAGUCUGAUGUCGUGACAACCUUGAAGGUACAUGACUGACUGCCAGGGUACGCCCUCAUUCAACUCAGCCUCACAGCGGGGCAGCAUCAUAGCAAGGUUCAAACAAUGCUGAUAUAACAGUAUCUGAAAGGCCCGUGGCAUCAUGGGUAGUAUAUUUUAAAUAUGCUGACAGCUCGGCGACACUUCAAACUUCUCAGGCUCUGGGCUGAUUUUAUACAAUACUAGAAAAUGUUAUACACAAUAACAUAGGGUAUAUUUGAAUAUAAUUAGGACAUACUUAAAUGAAAUUGCUGAUAACUGAUUGUAAUGCAUUACAAAUUAUGAUAAAUCAUAAAUCAUGGUGGAUCACAGAAUUAAUGAGAAUAUAAGUAAACAAGAGAAUUCGAAUCGAUUGUUGUUUACGUGAUCUAUGGAUUCUGUGAGCUGUAUAGCCCUUGUGGCUUAGCGCUUCUUUUUGAUUAUAAUAAUAUGGAUUCUGUGAAAAUUUAUUUACAAAGGAGAAAGUGUUUAACAGAUAAGGCAAACUUGGUGCACACAAGUCUUUUACUGUUAAAUCUCAGAGAGAACGUGAACAUUUAUAUAAAAAAAAUUUUGAUCCACAAUUAAAUUGAUAUAUUUUAAGACUACACGCACAGUUGAGUACUUUCUUGAACUAUACUAAUCAUCUAUACAGGUUAUUUACAUAUAACCCCAACUCUGCUGGGGUAAAAUUUAUAUAUGCAGAGUGGUUAUCAAAUUCUGUUGACACUGGUAACACAAAAAUCAGUCCCUCAGCCUAAAAGCCAGUGUUCAGUACCUUAGUCUUGUGCUGAGGUAAUUAGGUCACGUGAAUUACAGAGUGUAUCUAAAUGGUAUAAAAUACCAAGUUGAUAAAAUAAGACAUAGGGGAAACAAUCGUUACCCAAGCAUGCAGACGAAUAUAACAGUGGAGACAGUAGAAGUAGUCUGGAGGUAAUCAGUCCAUCAGUGGUCAGGCCCUCGAGUCUGGCUUGAGGGACUGACCACUGAGCACCAAUAAUAAUACCCCCAUUGUUGCACACGUGUCUCCAGUUUCAACACCAAGUAUCUCUAUAUUGAAUUGAUUAAGCCAAUGGUUGGCGAAACGUUACACUAAAGAUGCCCAGGUGUUGCACAUGUGUCUUAUUCACCAACUUGUUCAUCACUGAUCUAAAUGGUGUGCUGCCGAUAAUAGUGAAAAAAUAACACUUCGCAAAGUAAUCUUUUAUUCAAAUAUAAUAUAGAUUUAAACACCUCGAACAUUGUCCCAGUAAAAGCUAAUUCCUUCUGCUAAGUACAGAGCAGGAGCACCUUAAUUCAGAACAGGCAGGUAUAAAAUCAGGUUUCUCAUCGGCCAAUCAGCCUUGAAGUAGAUUUGAGGUGGUCAGUCCCUCGACGCUGAGAAGCGUCCAGUCCAUACCUGAAGGGUGUUCCAGGGAGUCAACGCCCCCGCGGCUCGGUCCAUGACCAGGCCUCGCGGUGGAUCAGGACCAGCCAGGGAGCCUGUCUAUAAAGUACACAGUAACACUACUGACAUUAUUGCCGAUCGAGACCUUGAAACUGGACGCUUUUUCAUGGCUGUGGGACUGACCACCUCGCAGCUACUGCUUCUAGGCUGAUGGACCGAUACCUUUACCAUGACAGAGAGGGCCAGAGCUUGCUACCACCUGCAGCUCAUGAGACUGCCAUUCUCACGAGCUCCCCUGGGAUGGGGAAGGUGGCAGACCAGAAGCCUAGCUUCUCCCUACGAGCCCCGUGAGGGCGGGGAAUGGGGCUAGGUCUAGGGACAGCUGGUCCCAGAAAAUGAGGAGGUACUUGUACCUCCUCCCAUGGCAGACAUAGGUCUCAGACACUCUCAAGACAGGAAGCCAAGGCUGGGUCACCAUUUGGAAAACACCCGGGCCGAGAGAGUACCGGCGAAUGAAGAGGAAGAACCUUUACCGUCAAGUUUCUCCUGGUCUCGUGAGAUGUUGAUACUGUCUUGACGCAGUUAAUAAUUUUGAUCUAGUUUGUCGAUGGCAUUCCUGUAAUAAGCGGCCACUUAUUUUAAAUCUCAAUUAUACUGGAUUAACUAGUUGAAGCCACGACCCUGUGCGAGAUAAACCAUAAUCAGUAUUAUUGUAUUUAUGAGAAAGCGCUAAACCAAUAAGUCACAGAGGAAUGGGAGGUAAUCAGGUUUGAUCCAAGAACCCUUCGCUAGUACUAGGGGAUGUUUGAUAAACCGUUUUAGUUCAUUGUUUUUAUUAAAUGUCAUGUCAAUGAAGCUAGCAACACAUUACCAAUGUAGUUAACAUUUUAAUAAUAAUAAAAUGUUUAGCGUGUUAAUUUUCAUUUUGAGGAUAUGAUAAAAUGACAAUAAGGUUAUUAGACUUGCAGAAUUUUUCAAUCACCUAGUAAAGGCAAAAAAAAUUUACAAAUUUGAACAGGUUAGCCAUAUGCAGUAAAUACAUCGUUUUCUUUAAAGCUUUUGCGUUUGAGCUUGUCUGAAAGUUAGAAGAUAAACCCCGAAGCAAAACUAUAAAAAAUGUACACUCUUCGAACUAAAUUUCGCUCAACCAUAGUGUGUCACUCGUGGCUGUAGCAUCACUAUAAGCGCCGCUAUAACCGCGUACAGAGGAUACAUCAUUAAUGAACGUGGCAAUGUUGUUCCUGGGGUGUGUGUGUGUGUGAGGGAGGUUCUCCUUAACAACACUAAACAGCACAAACAAGACUGACAGCAGUGACACCAGUGAAGCAACACAGCAACGAGAGUGACAACAUACUACAGCCAGCGCUAUCGUCAAGAAGAGAAGACACUUCUUAGUAAAUUGAACGUAACGUGGAGAAUAAAUCCCUCCCUCCCCUCCUUCUCUCUCUCUCUCUCCCUCCUUCCCUCCCUCCCGUCUUGGCCGUGGGAGGGAGUGAGGUAUAGUAUGGAGGAUCCAUCACAUCAGUAGAGUGCUCCAGGAAGACCUCUAGCAAGCAGCUGGUGCAGACCACAGGGAAGACCACUCCGCCAUGACCACUACACUCACAGUCAUGACGGUAAGGAUGUGGACGCUGGCGCUGGUGCUUACCGUUGCUGGUCUCUCACGAUGCCUGGCCUACAGCGAUCAAACCAUCCGCAGGUACACUAACGAGAGAACCUGCUGGUGGAAUGAGAUCUGUAAGGAGGAAUUCCAGAUGGAGUUUCGAUGCAAGUGUCCCCGUUGGUCCUUCUGUCGCUCCCCUGGCAAGUACUACAAUGCCUACUGCAGUGUUAUGGCCUCUGGCUACAUAUGGAAGCAGCCAAGGUUACCCCGAGUAGUCUUUAAGUACAGCAGAAAGUAGGCACAUUGAUAAGAUAUUAUUAUUCAUUUGGAAAACAGAGUGAAUGUUAAAAUUUUAUUAUCUAACAGAUAAGCUUUGCCAAAGGCUAAAGUAAAAAUAAUCAUUGCAGAAACUUCAUGAUCAUAUGGGAUGUUAGACUGUUCCUCAUGAAAUAUAAAAGAAAUUAGAUUAUUUAUCAAGGACUAAAAAUGCAGUAUUGUAUAUGCAUUAUAUUAUUUUUAUGAGGGUUCAUUGUCAGCUAAAAGAACUACAGUAUCAGAGAAUCUUUGUCAAAAUAAUGUCACCUAAAAGAACAUUAGCGUGAAGUCAGUGUGAUCAGAUGUAAUUUAUCCUUUUAUAAUAAAUUUCUGAUAUUCCUAA